UCCUCUGCAACAUAAAAGAAACAAAGCAAAAGAAAGCCAACACUUACAAUUUUAUGCAACAUUUUAAACACUCCUUACUACACCUUUAUUUAUAUAAAGAUUCAGUAGAAAAAUAAAUCAAGAGAGAGAGACAAAAUUGUAAAGAAAAAAAUCAAACUUUUUGUUGCUUUAGUAUUAUAUAUAUAGAGAGAGUGAAACCCUUUUUUAGUCUCUAAAACUUUGCUAAUCUCUUCCAGUGUUUGCAUUUUUCUUUCAAGAUUACUCUUUAAGUCAAAAACCCAGUUCUAAAGUCUCUUGCUUUUUUAGUGUUUCAGCUGGUUUGUUGACUUAUUUGUUAGGCUCAAAACAAAUAUGAAUGGUGUUGGUUUUUGAGUUUUGGUCAGUGUGAAGUGAUCAAAUCAGUGAAAGCUAAAAUGGGUUUGGUUUUGAAGGAGUUACUUAAGAAUCUUUGUUGCAGUAAUGGUUGGUCUUAUGGUGUUUUUUGGAGCUUUGAUCAAAGAAAUUCCAUGUUGCUGACUAUGGAAGAUGUCUACUAUGAAGAAGAAAUGGGGGUAGUUGUUAACAAUAUGCUUCAGCAGGUCCAUAUGCUCGGUGAAGAAGGAAUUGUUGGCCAAGUUGCUUUAUCUGGCAAGAACCAAUGGAUUAUUUCGAAUGAUGACAAUGGAGGACAGAAUUCUGAGAUUCAUUGCCAAUUUUCCUUUGGUUUGAAGACAAUUGCAGUAAUUCCUGUGCAAUCAAGAGGAGUUCUGCAAUUUGGAUCUACUCAUAAGAUUUUCGAGACACCGCAAAUUUUGGAUCAAAUUGAAAGAUUGUUCAAUGGGAUGGAAACUGUUAGUGAGCGUACUUCUGCUGGCAUUAAUCCCACUUCAUCUUUGAACUAUGAGAAUUGUGAGAUAAAUGAGUGGUUUGAUUUCUUCUGUAAUGGAAAUAUCACGCCGAUGCAUAGCAGCAGCUCGUGCAAUGAGCUCAUGGAAAUUGCUUACUCUUCUGUGAAUUUUACUCAGUCUACUGAUUUCCCUUCAGAUCUUCAACAAGAGAAAAUGGACCCUUUUUGUUUUGCAUCAUCUCAUCUUACUAGUUCAAUGCAGACAGAAUCUGAAACUGGCUUACAGAAGUUUCCUGAAGAGCUUAAGCUAGAUGAUAUUGCGGUGGAUUUUUCUAGCUGCUUUGCAUCGGACAAUCCUUUCGAGUAUUUUGUCUCAGAAUCAGCUGGGGUUGGCAAUGUUCCAGUAGGCAAUCAAUUUUCAGAACCGGCAAAUUCAGUGCAAAGUUCCAUUACUGAUCAUUCCUAUUUUUGUUCUGGUCAAGAGAAAAUGAUUGAUAGUUGCCACAGUGAUCUGUUGGAGUGUUUGGGCUUAAAAUAUGAAACAGGAGAACGUACAAAUUGGCAAGAAAACACGAUGAAGCCAAUAAUGAGUUGCGGUGUUAGCACAAGUACUGUUUCAGAAUGCAUCUCAGAGUUGGAUGUUCAUUCUAAAAUUGGCUCUAAGAAGGGAUUAUUCUCAGAAUUAGGAAUUGACCAGCUUCUAAAUGGAGUCAAUAAUAACUCUAGCAUUGAUGAUCAACUUUUCACUGCCAAGAGAAGAAGAAUGGAAAGUUCGUCGCUCAAUCAAGUUCAGUCAGGGAGCAUCUCUUGCUGUAAUGGCAGCAUCGUAAUGCAAUCUUCAUAUCAAAAUAAGGAUAAAGCAGCAAGCAGUCUUGCGUCGAAAAAAGAGAUAUUCCCCAAUUCACAAGUUGGCUUGUGGAUUGAUGAUAGCUAUAGCAUUAACAAUGGAAGUGGUCCUCCAGUAAAGGCUAAAAAGAUUAAUGAGCCGACAAAGGCCACCAAGAAACGAGCUAGACCUGGCGAAAGUGGUAGACCAAGGCCGAAAGACCGUCAGCAGAUCCAAGAUCUCAUCAAAGAGCUGAAAGGGAUCAUCCCCGAUGGUGGAAAGUGUAGCAUAGAUGCUCUACUAGAUCGCACCAUCAAAUACAUGCUAUUCUUGCAAAGCGUAACAAAAUAUGCAGAAAAGCUUAAACAAGUUGAUGAGCCAAAGCUGAUCGGCAAGGAACAAAAAUCAGUUCCAAAAGACAACAGAACAAGUGGUGGUGGUGGUGCUACAUGGGCACUGGAAGUUGGAGAUGAGUCAACAACAGUUUGCCCAAUCAUAGUUGAAGAUCUCACUCCAUCGGGCCUCAUGCUUAUAGAGAUGCUAUGCGAGGACAGAGGAUUGUUUCUGGAGAUAGCAGAUAUUAUUAGAGGCUUUGGAUUGAACAUAGUGAAGGGAGUAAUGGAAACUCGCCAAGAUAAGCUGUGGGCACACUUCAUUGUCGAGGCAAAAACAGGAGUAACCAGAAUAGAACUGUUUUGGUCACUUCUACAACUAACAUCCACAGCUAGUCAUGAAAAUAUUCCUUCCUUAAACAACUUCGAGCAACCAUGUCCUUAUCAAUGAUUGGUCUGAUUAAGAAGAAUAUAUUUUUCGGGUUAGAACAACACUUUGAGCAUUUUCUUGCUGUGAUUGGUGUUCUGGUUUUCAACUUUCUUCGAAAUGGAAAUGAAAUGUGAAUACACACACACUAAGGAAUGGAAAAAAUGUUAGGGAACUUUUAUUAUGUACAUUUUUUGUUUAUAAAUUUUUUUAGUUAGUGUCACGAUUAAAAUAGUGUGCAAUAUAGUGUAUUGUGGGAAAUUUAAAAAAAAAAUUAUUACACUAUUUUACUUUUUA